ACAAGAUGGGCGCGCGCAGGAACGGCCGCCGCCUCGCCGACCACUCAGACUCGGGCAGCGAGUCGCAGCCGCUGCUCUCGUCCGACGCCAGCCACGCCAGCCGCCGCAGUUUCGGGGGGAUCUGCAUGUUUCCGGACUCAGAAACAAGCGAUUUCGAGACGACAGUUACUACAGAGGUUCCAUCGGGAGAAAAAAAAGACUUACAAUCCAACGUUAACAGAAGACCACCUUUCUACCAUGGGAACACGUACGAAAAAUUUAGGAAUGGGCUACCAGACGAGAUGAACUCAAUGACAUAUAAUCGCUUUCAAUACUACAGCAAACUGAGAGCAUACGCACCAGAAGAUGAGUCUGCACUGGUGGUACCUGAUCAUGUAAUUCCUACAUCAGUGUUUGUGCCAUAUGUUCCUGGAAGAGAUCAAGAGAGUCCAAAACAGAGCAGCUUUGUUACAAUAUUUGCAGUAUGGAAUACCAUUAUGGGGUCAUCUCUACUAACUAUGCCAUGGGGCAUUGAAAGAGCUGGUCUGUGGACUGGGAUCUUGAUUGUGAUCCUUAUGGGUGCUUUGUGUCUCUACACAGCAUAUCAGUUACUUGAAGUACAAAAAUGUCAUGGCUUUAAUAGCCCAGAUGGUGAAGUUGCAGACUUAAGCAGAGAGCUCCUUGGGAGACCAGCUGAAGUAGUAGCAAAAUCAUUUUCUUUGAUAGUGCUUCUUGGUGCAACCAUUGUCUACUGGAUCUUAAUGUCUAAUUUUAUUUAUCACUCAGUUGACUAUUUAUAUGAUGCAGUAAAUGGUGUUGUAGCAACCUCAUCAGAUCCAAAUUCUACAUAUCCAGCAGUAUUAUGUAUGCAGCAUCCUGACCUGUAUAAUAUAACUAUGUCCAUGAAGCAUCCAGAAGAGGCUAUAGCAUUCCAUCAGAUUUGGGACCUGGAGAAAACAGUUCCAAUUUUCUUAAUUAUAAUUAUAGCUCCUCUUAUCAACAUCAAAUCAGCUACAUUCUUCACUAAAUUUAACUCAUUAGGUACACUUUCCAUUAUGUAUCUUCUAAUUUUUGUUUUUGUCAAAGCCAGCAAGUGGGGUAUUAAUGUACAGCUCUCUGAUAGUGAGAGCCCAUCUUACGUCCCACCAUUUUCGUCUAGUUUUCCAGCACUAUCUGGAAUGUUAGCACUUUCUCUUUUCAUUCACAACAUUAUAAUUAGCAUAAUGAGGAACAACAAACACCAGGAAAACAAUGGUCGUGAUUUGUCAGUUGCAUAUGUCCUUGUCAUAGUUACAUAUGUGACAAUUGGGGUAGUUUUCUACAUCUGCUUCCCACUAAAGAAGUCAUGCAUAGAAGAUAACUUGUUGAAUAAUUUUGAAAACUGGGACCUCAUGACAGCGGUAGCAAGACUAUUUCUGUUUUUCCAGCUUGUGACAGUAUAUCCACUCAUUACAUACAUGCUGAGAGCACAGAUCUUCACAGCACUGGUGGAAAAUGAGUAUCCUGGUUUCUUCCAUGUGCUCUCCUUGAAUACAUUAAUUAUUACUGUUUGUGUAUUUUUUGCAAUAUUUUUGCCAAAAAUUGGUGCAAUUAUAAGGUUCACAGGUGCUCUCAGUGGUCUUAUAUACAUCUUUACUUUACCUAGCCUGUUACAUCUUGCAUGCCUUAGGAAACAUGGAAAACUCACACUUGCUUCCACAAUAUUCCAUCUGUUGAUUCCAGUUAUUGGGGGAGUAAACCUUUUGUCUCAGUUUUUUGUAUCUGAUCAUUAAACAAGUGUCAGUCAGCUAUGAAUGAAUAAAUUAAUUUUCUCACA